AUGACGACGGGGGAUGCCUGCAAGCAACUCGUGGCGCUCGCCAUCAGAGUGGCGACGCUGGGCGACAAGCACCCGAGCACAGCCGACACCUACAACAGUUUGGGCAACGCGUACGCUGGCAAGCGCGAGUACGCCAAAGCCAUCGCGUCCCACGAGAAGGCGAAGGAUGCCUUUGGAGCCUUGCUGGGUGAAAACCAUCCAAACACGGCAAUGGCACUUGCCAACAUCGCCCUCGUGCAUGACGACUGUGGCAACAAGUCCCAGGCUUGCACGUGCAUGGAACAGGCACUCAAGGUCUUCUCAGCCACACUCGGGCCACGCCACCCGUUCACCCAAAGAGCGGAGCGCAACCUGCAGCGUAUUCGCGGCGAUGGUGCACAAGGCACAAGCCAACCCGACCAGUCACAGCAACAGCGUGCAGCACACGCCAGUGCGCCCUUGGCCGGCUGGUUGCAGAAGCGAGGGCUGUGGAACACCGCCUUUCGCCUUCGCUGGUGCUCGCUUGAGGGUGGCCACCUUGUGUACAGCAGAGGGCCUCAGCUCGCAGAGCGUGGACGCAUUCCUCUUGCAACCGUGUUGUCCGCUGAGCUUGCGCAGGGGGACGGCCAGGAGCUGCACGUUGCCGUUCCCGGGCGAACCUUCGUCUUCCGCCUGGACGAGCGGUCAGGGAGGGAGACCAUGCUUGCCGAAUGGUGCAGUGCCAUCAGCACGAGAGCGAGUGGGCGUUGUGAGUGA